ACUUGUAACAAACUGCAGAGAAGCCCUGAGCUAAGGGAAGGAGUUCUGAAGAAUGGCAGCACCUGUAACUUCUGGCAAUUUCAGUGCCUGGGACUAUGUAGUUUUUGCUGCAAUCUUGUUGAUCUCGGCUGUGGUGGGAAUCUAUCAUGCGGUGAUGGGAAGAGGACGGGAGUCACCUGAAGAUUUCCUUCUGGGAAGCCGGCAAAUGAGCUCCAUGCCAGUGGCUCUCAGCCUCACUGCCAGCUUCAUGUCUGCAGUGACAUUGCUGGGGGCCUCCUACGAUACAUAUCACUUUGGGGCUGUCAACAUCUACUUUGCCAUUUCUUACAUGUUUGUGGUGAUUCUCAGUGCCGAGGUCUUCCUGCCAAUCUUCUACAGGCUCGGUGUUACCAGCAGCUAUGAGUACCUGGAGCUGCGGUUUAACAGAUGGAUCCGUCUAUGUGGAACAAUAUUGUUUAUGACUCAAACAAUUUUAUACACAGGGAUUGUUAUUUAUGCUCCAGCAUUGGCAUUAAAUCAAGUGACAAAUUUCAACCUCUGGGGUUCUAUUAUUUCGACCGGAGUAGUCUGCACUUUCUACUGCACCCUGGGAGGUCUCAAAGCUGUUGUGUGGACAGAUGUGUUUCAGAUCGUCAUCAUGAUAAUUGGGCUUGUGGCAAUCAUUGUUCAAGCAAUAAUACUGAAAGGGAGCAUCAGUAAUGUACUGAAUACUGCUGAUCACGGGGGCAGACUAAACUUCUGGAAUUUCGACCCCAACCCGUUCCACCGACAUACCUUUUGGACGAUUGUAAUAGGAGGGACCUUCACAUGGACAGGGAUCUACGGAGUGAAUCAGGCCCAGGUUCAGAGAUACAUCUCUUGUAAGACAAGAACUCAAGCCAAAGCUGCACUCUACCUGAACCUGGUUGGACUGUGGAUUAUCCUUGCGUGCACAGUCCUGUCAGGAUUGGCAAUGUACUCUCUCUAUCACGAUUGUGAUCCAUGGACAUCUGGGAAGGUGAAAGCUCCAGAUCAGUUAAUGCCCUACAUGGUGCUGGACAUUCUGGGAGGCUACCCAGGGCUGCCAGGUCUCUUUGUGGCAUGUGCAUAUAGUGGGACAUUAAGCACAGUGUCAUCCAGCAUUAAUGCACUUGCUGCUGUGACAGUAGAAGAUCUCAUCAAGCCUUAUUUCACAACUCUUUCUGAGAAAAAGCUCGCUUGGAUUUCUGGGGCUAUGAGUCUGUUAUUUGGUGCAGUAUGUAUUGGGAUGGCUGGUUUGGCCUCACUGAUGGGAAGCCUUUUACAGGCAGCUCUCAGUAUUUUUGGAAUCAUUGGAGGACCGAUCUUGGGACUGUUCACUUUAGGCAUUCUGUUUCCCUGGGCCAAUUGCAUUGGUGGAAUUGUAGGACUCCUCACUGGGUUUGUGUUUGCUUUAUGGAUUGGAAUUGGAGCUCUGAUCCAGCCACCACCCUCUGAGGUAACAGUACCUCUGAACCUCAGCAUUGCUGGAUGUAAUGUCAGCCAGUCAAGGAACGAGACAUCAUGGGCAACCACCAUCCUUCUCACAACUCUAACCAACACGUCCAGCAAAGGCAGAGCUGAAGCAGUGAAAUCCUUGUAUUCCUUAUCCUACUUGUAUUUAAGCACCUUUGCAAUUUUAAUCGUUAUAAUCGUUGGUCUCAUCGUCAGCUUACUAACAGGAGGGAGAAAAUCUCAAGUUGACACGGACUUACUGCUGAACUGGACAGAUCUGAUGUGCUACUGUCCCAUGUCUUCCAGUGGUGGUAACUGUAGACCAAUCAAAUAUAAGGAAUAUGUUGACUUUUGUUUACAUAAAAGUACAGAAUGA